AAAUAAUCCACGUCAGCAUAAAGCAACUCGAGAGCCAGCAAACUCGCUAAAAAGGAAAACAGAAAAUCCUGUGUGUAAACAAUAAAUAGGUGAAGAGAGAGAAGAAGGGAGAGAUGCUUAGUAGCGGCAAAAUCUCUCAUUCGAUUCUAUCUCUCUCCCCUCCGUUUUUCACGAAUUCUUCUUCUCGUUUUCUAGGGCAGAGUCGGAAGAUCUCCUUCCUUGGAAUUCAAAACCCUUUCUACUCUGCAGCAACUGCGAGAAAAUCAUGGAAUUCUAGAAUGUCGAUUUCUCCAGCUGUGAAUUUCAGCGUCAGAGCCUCGGCUCAGCAGCUCAAGAACGCUGACGAACUCAUCGACUCCGUUGAAACCUUCAUCUUUGACUGCGAUGGGGUGAUAUGGAAAGGGGAUAGUCUGAUUGAUGGUGUGCCCGAAACUUUGGACAUGCUCCGUUCAAGGGGCAAGAGACUAGUAUUUGUUACAAACAACUCAACAAAGUCCCGGAAACAAUAUGGGAAAAAAUUUGAGUCGCUAGGUCUUAGCGUGAAUGAGGAGGAAAUUUUUGCGUCAUCAUUUGCUGCAGCUGCCUAUUUGAAGUCCAUUAAUUUCCCAAAAGAUAAAAAGGUUUAUGUAAUUGGUGAGGAUGGCAUUCUGAAGGAGCUAGAGCUUGCUGGAUUUCAGUACCUUGGUGGUCCGGAAGAUGGUGAGAAAAAGAUAGAGCUGAAACCAGGUUUCCUAAUGGAGCAUGAUGAGAGUGUUGGGGCUGUUGUGGUCGGAUUUGAUCGUUAUUUCAACUACUACAAAAUUCAGUAUGGCACACUUUGCAUACGUGAAAACCCCGGCUGUCUUUUCAUUGCAACUAAUCGAGAUGCUGUCACUCAUCUCACAGAUGCACAAGAAUGGGCAGGGGGUGGUUCAAUGGUUGGUGCAAUUUUUGGGUCAACUAAACAGGAACCUCUUGUUGUGGGGAAGCCUUCAACUUUUAUGAUGGACUACUUAUCAAAUAAAUUCGGCAUCCUCAAGUCUCAAAUAUGCAUGGUGGGAGACAGAUUGGAUACUGACAUUUUAUUCGGCCAAAAUGGUGGCUGCAAGACCCUCCUUGUACUUUCAGGUGUCACUAGUCUCUCCAUGCUUCAAAGUCCCAACAACUCCAUACAACCAGAUUUCUACACCAACAAGAUUUCAGAUUUCCUUUCCCUCAAAGCUGCUACUGUUUGAGCAUUUCAAGCAUUUUGCAUUCUUGUUACGCCUAGGCUUAUUUAUAUUAUUUAUAACAGCCAUUCUCCUAUUGUUUCAGCAUGAAAUGUAUAUACUGAGGCUGUGGAGAUUCUCAACUUUGUUUUUAAUGUAAAUGCGAAUGAUACGUUCCUACGCUUUAAGCAGUGCCCAUUUGUUAAUGAUAGUCCUAUAAUUAUAAAUGGCUUUGGA